AGAUGGAAGUGUACGAGUUUAAGAAAAAUUUCCUCACCCGUCUGCUGGAAACGACCAACGUCCUCAACGGAGGCGGUACCAACAUCCCUGCAUCCGCAAUCCGUUCCGAGUGGAUAAAUUUCGUGGAAGUGGCUGUGGAACCGACGGGCUGGCAAGCGCUCUGGAAAGCAUCGCGUCCGGUCUGUGAACAGCUGGCUGUAAAGUAUCCGCUCGUCGUGCUCGGUACGGUCGAUCAGGUGUUGUUCGAUGAGCUGAAAGCAAUCUUUAUCAUCGAAGCAAUCCAAGACGAUGAUGUACACCUGCCGGAGGAACAGAUUGCGGUGGAUUUAGAGGAGCUAUGGCCAUUGCGCGAACAGAAUAAUCCCGCACUGAACGUUAACAUUACGGCGGAUUGUAUUGAUAAGUUGCGAUUUUUCUAUCAACAUCUGUGGAUGCCGUGGGAUAAUGAUGCUGAGGAUGAGCAUCAUAGUUGGCUCGAUAAGCACCUGGAGUCACGGAUACGGUUUUGUCACGAUCUGAAGAAUAAGGCGAUGUCCCGGCAGCUUUCAUCGCACGCUUUGGCGCUGCUCGCUGAAGCACGUUACAUCCAGCGUAAGCGAGACUUUAUUGAGCACGAGUUAAGCGAGGAGGAACAGGACCUGGAAGCAGAGGAAGAGGAGGAUAAUGAGACGUCGAUUCUGAAGGACAAUCGAUCGAGUGAGCUGCUGCAGUUGAAUUUACGUUUGAAUACGAUCAAGAAUGAGAUUACCAUCUUGGAGAAUCCGGUCAUGCGUGGUGUCUUCGAGAAGGUUCGGUUUGGUGGUGUUGGUGGGAAGAGCAAAGGAUCUACUCCCAUGUCUUACAUCGUCACACGGGCUGUCCCAAUGGAUGAGCAGCUUACCUAUCUGCAGAGCGCAAAGGAGCUUAUGGAUGCAAAGAUUUCCGUCAAGAUGUGUGACUCUCUACAACACGCACUCGAUCAUUGCAGUCCAGACAGUGCAAUAUAUUUACCACACGGCACACGGCAGGACAUCAAAUUUCUCGAAUAUCUCAGCGGAGGAGGAUCGUUCCGGGGUGUAAGCAACGUUUCGUUCGUGGAGGAAUACGAUCUAGCUACCAAGAUGAAUCCGGUGAUCGUUUCCAAAAACGAUGACAGCGUGCUCCUAACGAUCGAUGGUGAUUUUACGCUGGAAAACAUCCGGCUCGAUUGUUCGAACGUGCGCACCGGUGUGGUCAUCAAGCAAGGUAACAUCGUCUUCCGCAACUGCUGCUUGACCGGGGAUCCGAGCUCCAGCACAAAGCAGGGCAUUGUGAUCUUUGGCAACUGUACGAUCACGUUCGAUCGGUGUGUGAUCAAGGAGUUUUCUACUGGCAUCUACAGCAAUCACGAUUGUACAAUUAAUCUGCUAAACACCACCGUCAGCCACUGCAUGACGGGACUGGAAACGCUCGAUCAGUGUCAAAUUCUGUUCCGUUCCACCAGCAUAAAGAACUGCUCGCAAUAUGGAGUACUGUUGGAAGAUUUUAACGAGGAUGCCGAAAACAAUCAGCAAGGAAAUCGAUCGCAGGUGUUUGAGGAUUUCAACAUGAUCGAUCGGGAAGAGUUUACGUUCGAGGGAAGCUGUGAGUUUGGGCAGAACGCGAAAGGCAACUUUGUCAUCCGCAAGGGCUUUAGCGAACGGUUCAAUAGUUCGUGCUUUGUCGAUGAGGAUGCCACCCAGCAGCCCGAAGUUUGGAAUGACGGUUUGGAGGAUUCUUCAAUCUGCGACGUUACGAAUGUAAGUUUUUCUGCCAAUUAUCUUGAAGCUACUAAACUUUCCUCAACCAAGCACAUACGGCCGUCGAUGGGCAUAACGGAUUGGCCGGCGGACGCGAGCGAGAAGGAGGAGGAAGAUAGUCGCACCGCCAGCGAUACGGGUGUGUCGGAUUCGAUAAGCCGGUCGGAAGGAGAAGAAGAGUUUGAUGAAGAAAACACCAUUAAGGAAAAUGUUAAGCAAUCGUUGUGUGAAGUGAAGAAUCAAGAAGAAUCGAGCGCAAGCGAGCAGGGGCUGGAUGGUUGUGAAGAUCAGAUUAUAGAGAUUGAUGAUACGGUUAUUGAAAUCGAUUGA